AUGGUUAAAUUACAAGAUUUACAAGUGCCUGAAGAAGUUUUUGAGAAUUCUUUAAUCAGCUUACAUUUGAAGUGCAUGAGAACCUAUGGUUACAUUGUAUCCAGCCAACAACGUAACAAACGUUUAAAUUUACGCAAAGGUGCCAUUUUUACCGCCUCAUUUGCCGUGUGCUGUUGUUUAAUUUUUAUUAAAAUAUCAAAGGGAUUUGCCAGCUUGGCUGAUGGUGCCACAAGUUGUGCUACAGCUUUUUUAUAUUUAUCCACUUCGAUUGCAACAGCUAAUGCAUUCUUUCAAAGGACACGAGUCGUUCGCAUGGUUACAUUCCUACACGAAGACAUCACCGAACUCUUACGUAUUACCGAUGCGGUAGAAGAGAUGAUGCUGUCGAAAACAGUUAAAUAUUUACGCAUUAUAACGAUUUUAAUGUGGACACCAUCAGUUAUAGCCGGAUUUAUAGCAUACAUUGAUUGUUUCUAUCGUUCGGUUUUUAUGCCCGAAACAGUGUUUAAUAUACCCGAGGUUCUCAAUGGCACUGCCCAGCCUAUAUUACUCUUUCAAUUGUUUCCCUUCGGUGAGGUGUACGACAAUUUCAUUGUCGGUUAUUUGGGGGCCUGCUAUGCCUUAUUUUUGGGCAUAACCGCCAUACCCUGUUGGCACACCUUUGUGUGCUGUUUAAUGAAAUAUAUUGUUUUGAAAUAUGCCAUUGUACACAAGAGGCUCAAAGAGUAUGAUCUUGCUAAAUUUUCCCAAGAACUUAAUCCAGAGAAAUUGAGAACUCUCAGUGAAAAGGAUUUGCUGUACUGGCAUACAAAAAUGUGUGAAUUUUGUGUUACACAUCAAUUGAAAUUAAGAUGGUUUACUGGCGAGUUACAGUCCCUGAUCAGGAUACCAGUCUUUUCAGAUUUUAUAAUAUUUUCUGUAUUGAUAUGUUUUCUUUUUUAUGCCAUUGCAGCGGGUAAUCCUUCGAAUAUGGAUUAUUUUUUUAUAGCGAUUUAUUUAUUUGUCAUGUCGUUUAUAUUGUGGCUGUAUCACUGGCAUGCUACACUGAUAGCGGAAAGUAACGAUGAACUUUGUAUGGGCCUCUACUCUAGUCCAUGGCAUAAAUUUCCCAUAAGUAUUCAAAAAAACAUUCGUUUAAUGAUGAUGGAAUCUAAUACACCCCUGAUAAUGAAGGCCAUAUUUGUUGAACUAAAUUUAAAAACUUUUAUUGAUGUGGUUCGUGGUGCCUACAGUUAUUUCAGUAUUUUAAGAAAUGCUGGCUUGGAAUCAGAAGACACCAACUAA